AUGAUGAUCUCUGACAUAAAUCAGAGCUCUCCAGCCACAUUUAUUCUCUUGGGAUUCUCUGAGUACCCAGAUUUUCAGAUUCUUCUGUUUCUCAUAUUUUUGGCCAUCUAUGUGAUCAGCGUAACAGGGAAUGUUGGAAUGAUUGCAAUCAUUACUAUGAAUUCCAAGUUACACACUCCAAUGUAUUUUUUCCUUAAACACUUAUCCUUUGUAGAUUUCUGUUACUCCACUGUUGUUGUACCAAAGAUUCUGGAAAACUUAGUUGUGGAAGAUAGGUCAAUGUCUAUCUCUACUUGCAUCACACAAUUCUUUCUUUUUGCUACCUGUGUUUUUACUGACACCUUCAUGUUGGCAAUGAUGGCAUAUGAUCGCUUUGUGGCCAUUUGUAAUCCCCUUCUAUAUAGGGUUAUCAUGUCCCAGAAACGUUGUGCCUUUUUGAUGGCUGCAGCAUAUUCCUGGGGUCUAUUUUUCGCUUUACUUUUCACCUACUCUCUCCUUGUGUUAUCAUUUUGUGGGACUAACAUCAUUAAAAAUUUUGUCUGUGACUACUCUGCCAUACUCAAUGCUGCCUGCUCUGACAAGCACUUUAGUGAGUUGAUACUUUUUAUAUUUGCAAAUUUUACUAUGUUUAGCACACUCAUGGUCAUAUGCUCUUCUUAUAUUUUUAUUUUUGUUACUAUCAUGAAGAUGCAUUCAGUUAGGACAAGGCAUAAAGCCUUCUCCACUUGUGCCUCUCACCUGACAGCUGUUGGAGUCUUUUAUGGAGCAGUCCUUUUCCUCUACUGUAUACCCAAUACUAAAAGCUCCUGGGUCACCAAAAAUUUGGCCUCUGUUUUCUAUGCAGUGGUCAUUCCCAUGUUGAACCCCUUGAUAUACAGUCUAAGGAACAAUGAAGUGAGAGAAAUAAUCAGGAAGUUGAUAAGCAAAAAAUGA